CAAGCGCAGAUUAACCAGAUUUGCUGGUUGAACUUGAAGGCGGCAGAUCAGCAGUUUAGCAGUGUAAAAUCAGAGUCACGUUUUUUGCACGUUCUCGGCUAUCUCUUAAUAUUUAGUGUAUGCGAAUGACAUGGCGAAAGUAAGUUUAGUCGCUGCAGCCUGCAACUCUAUGGGAAUAGGCUAUAAAGGAGAUCUUCCAUGGAGACUGAAGAAUGAAAUGAAGUUCUUUAAUAGAAUUACAACAAGAACACAAAAUUCAGAGAAAAGGAAUGCUGUUAUCAUGGGAAGAAAGACAUGGUUCUCAAUCCCAAAAGCCCACCGACCACUCCCAAAUAGAGUUAAUGUUGUACUGAGUAGGAGCUUACAAGAGAGGCCUGAAGGAGCACAUCACCUAGCACACGAUUUUGAAGAAGCCAUACAUUGGUUAACUUCUCCAUCAAGAUGUGAGGAUGUGGAAAACAUUAUGGUUAUUGGUGGAAGUGAUGUCUAUAAGGUAGCUAUGGAUUCCCCAUAUUGUCACAAAGUGUACCUCACAAGAGUACUGCAAGACUUUGACUGUGACACAUUCUUCCCUAUGUUUGACGAAUCACAAUAUGAAUUAAUCAGUGACCCAGAUGUGCCAGGGGAAAUUCAAGAAGAGAAUGGCAUUCCUUACAAGUUUCACGUGUACCAGAAGAAGCAGCAGCAUUAAACAGAUGAAGCCAUAAUUAUGCCUGCUUGUGAUCAGGAAAAUGAUUUGACAUUUAGCAUUUGUUUUUUGUUGUAAUUUUGAGGUUACAAUUGAAAAAAUAGAAUAAGUUAACCAUAAUAAGAAAUAUCUUCAGUCUGCGCA